AUGUCUGAGCAAAUUUUGGUAAAUUAUCUGAGUCAAGGUCUGGUUACAAAUACUCUAAGCUCUUUAGAGUUUCGGCAAUUAGCUUCAACAGUAGAUGGACAUUUUUCCGAAAAAGAGAGUGCAACAUGUUACGAAGAGAUACAAGAGCAUGACAAAAAGGUGCUCGAUAACAUUAACGUCAGAGUACACGAGUUCUUUGAAGGCACCAGAGCGCUAUCAAAAGAGACCGUAGAAGCCGCGCAACUAAAGAACUCUGUUUCUGUUGAAAGUCUCGUGAAUUCCUUGUACGCAGCCCAUCACCUUCUAGAUGGCAAGAUAGCUCAGCUCGACUCUAUUAUAAAUGUGUAUUCGAGCGAGCUACAAACUUUUGAAAGGACGGUGAAUUCUUUCAAACAUUCAGCAACAAUUCAGCCGAUACUGGAAGUUCUGAAGACACUUCUCAAGCGAGCAGAAGAAAUCAAUAACUAG